AUGGAUUCAAGUAAUGGAUACGGAUAUGGCUAUGGUUAUAACUACCAAAAUGGCCAUAAUGGGACAGAUGGCGCGUCUUCCACAAGUGAAACCCGUCAAAUGAGGCCACGGCCAUUCACCGUCGACGAAGCUCUUCCAUAUUCACCUUUUUCCUCUGUCGUUCCUUUCAAUUCUGAUAUCAUCCCGUUACCUACAAUAGGACUUGGUUCUUCCUCUUCAUUAUUUUCAAAUGCAGCAGAAAUUCAACAUGGCAGAGGAAGUCUAGAAAGUUUGAACGCCGAAACAACAAAUCCAUAUCAGACCUCGCAGCGCCUGCAACGAACUCUGAAAGACCUCGAACAGUUGCUCAAACCAGAAGACCAUACAAUAUAUAACUUCAAGAUCGGACCAAAGAUCGCAUCUGUUCCUGAUGCUACUCCAUUGAAACCAAACCUUUCACCCUUUGCGCAGAUGCUAUACGACUCAACUAAGGUGGAGUAUAAGACUGCGGAGCGUCUAGAAGUGGCAGCUAUGAGGCAUAAAAUCCAGAAGCAGAGAACCAAGUCGCAAUCGAAGUCGAGAAAUCCAAGUAGCAGCUAUGGAAAUACGAACUUGCAGGCCCAUGUUGUGAAUACAAACGCUACUAUAUUCUCUGAAGCCACUACUACGAAGCCUGCUGCUGAACAUGCGAAUGUCCCGCCUAAAGCAAAGUCGCAAAUCGCGGUCGAAAUUCCUUUGCCAAAGGCACUUGCGCCUAUUCACAAACAAAGUCCAAGCCCUGCGUCAAAUUCACAUGUCAUGAAGAUCAGUCCCAAAAUAUCGCAUAUUCAAUCGUCGGUUGCUCCUCCACAAGUUGCACCAGCCGCUUUUCAGGAUGGCAAGCAAAGUCAGAAUAUUCCACCUUCUUCCUCACAACCAGGCAUAUCCGUUAUCAUUCCACAAUUACAGAUAAAACCAGAAGAGUACAAAGUUGUAGAACCUCUUCCAGACUCGCCUGAAAGUCCUGCUAAGAACCGAAGACGAGCGGGCUCCGAUGAAUAUGAAGGGAAUGUUUCCGGAGUGAUCGACCAAAGAGAGAAGGCCGAUAUUGCCGCGCGAAACCUUCGAGAAUAUCUUCAAGACGUUUUCGAAGCCGAAAAUCAAUUCCAGCCUGAAACUAACAUCUCUAGCAAUUUCCUUAUCUCGACGAACGAGGGAAUCGGCCUUGCGGCUAAUACUCAAACGCGACUCGAGGGCCUCUUGAACAGAAUUAUUGAAGUUGGCAGAAUCAAACAGGUUCCCUUGGAAGACUUAAUUCGAAUUCAAAAACUUUCUGAAGCUGCUUUAAAAGAAGCCGAGACACUCGACUUGAAGAUCGACGAGGAAAUGGGAGAGUCAGAUGUCGAAAGUCUGUUUUUACAGAUUUCAAAUGCAGAACUUGGACUCAAAUCUGCUCGCACCUCGCUCAGAGUUAUGACUGGCGGGCGUGACGAGAAGCAGCUGUACUCAGAAGACCUAAUUCAGUCCACUUUGAAUGCCUUUAAAAACAUCAUGGAGAAUUUCAUAAUCCCGGUUGUGGAACUUCGCAGCACGGGGUCGACUUCAACAUUGUUCAAGCUACUUUCUGCCCAGAAGAAAGCUAUUCUUAAUUUACUUGCUCAAUGCAGACGCCUUUUGUCACUCAUGGCAGUUCUCGUGGCCAAUAUUGAUCUAUCUGAAACGGUCAUCAACAGUCUUGAGUAUGCAGCCUCCAAAUUGAUAUUUGUCGAGAAUGCUCAUGCAGAGAAAGACUCCGUACUUGGUAUCCCCAAAUUCGACAAUCUUAGAGUCAUAGCGAUGGAUGUACUUGCACAAGUAUUCAAUAACAACCCGAAAGAAAGAGCAGAAAUCUUCAAUGAAAUUCUGACAUCCUUGGAGAAGCUUCCUGUUACCAAACAGAGCGCUCGGCAAUUUAAAUUGGCGGAUGGGGGAAGCAUUCAGCUUGUCUCGGCUUUGAUUAUGAAGCUGAUUCAGACAAGUGCCAGCAAAACGGAUGAUGCAAAAGAGAAGCGAAGACGAAAGGCCCAAGAUGCUCUAACUGGAGAUGAUGAGGGUCAAGAUGAUGGAAUCAAUGAUGCUGAUAAUCGUCGGCGAUACGAUACAGAAAGAAGAGCAAUCGAACAGAACGUCACAGCGAUCCAAGAGCUGAAAGACUGUGGAGCUUCACUACUGGAAAGUGCGACACAGAAUACAGGAUAUGUGGUCAAUUUCAUUGUUAGUAGAGCAAUCAAAUCUACGAAGAAUGGCGAUACACCAUACCGGAAUCUGCUAGAUCUCUUCGUCGAAGACUUUGUUACAUGUUUGAACUCACCGGACUGGCCUGCUGCAGAACUACUCUUACGCCUAUUCCUCUUCAAAAUGGUUCAGCUUGCUGAAGCAGAAAAAACACCUGCUCCUGCUAAGAACAUGGCCCUUGAUCUUCUUGGGUCAAUGGGCGCAGCAAUUUCGGAAUUGCACUUCCACGUUCGGAAGAGUGCCGCCUCGCUUGAAAAUCGAGAUGGACGCAUGGGACAGUCUCUUUCAAGAAUGGUUGAGGAAUCACUUAAACACGAAGCAAAUACUCAUGAAAUUUUGACAUGGGGCGGACCUUACUUCAUGUGCCUAGACUUCAUGGAAGAUCGCUGCUCUGCUGAUCCUCAGUUAGCAAGCAGUAUUUCUCUCAUGAUUGUCGAAUGGGCUUCAAAAUUGACAGACGAAUACGACAACAUUCUUGAUAAUGAUCCUGAUCACGAGCGUAUUGAGGAGAACUAUGGUAAAGUGGCAUACCGACUUAGAAUGAUGAUCACAGAUAAAAAAUGGUUUUCUACAGAAUAUGGUCAUGGCUCAGUUGACCCAAGUCAUGCCCGCUUGGCUUACUCUGUGACCUUGUUGCAUUCAACCUUCUGCACAUCCUUCAGUCGUGUGCUGGACAUUCUACUUCGAUCAAUGUUCAGCGAACAAGCUACCGUCAGAAGUAAGAGUCUGAAGAGUGUAAAUCAGGUUUUGGAAACAGAUCCAACCAUCCUUGAAAGAGAGCCCACCGCCAAGCAAAUGAUUUUGAGGUGCUCAAAUGACCCUUCAGUCGGUGUAAGAGAUUCGGCAUUGGGCCUCAUUGGAAAAUGCAUCUCACUGGUACCAUCACUUGAGGUGGAGAUGACUCCUAGUAUUCUUCACCGUGUCAAUGAUAGUGGUGUUGGUGUCCGAAAACGAGCCAUGAAACUAUUAAAAGACAUCUACUUGAACAACACCAAUAAAGAUGUGAGGGCCUCAAUUGCAGAUGCUAUUCUAUACAGAGUCACCGACCUUGAUGAUAGUGUUCAAGAAUUGGCCCGGUCAACAAUCGAGGAAGUUUGGAUGUUACCUUUCUACAAAAUAACUGGAUCUGAAGAUGCAUCAGUUCAAGCAAAGCUCGCCAUUUCAGAUCAUGUUACCCUGAUCAUCAAGACGGCUCAAAGACAGAAUGGAACCUCUGGUGUGCUAGACAAAGUGCUCCAGAAUCUACUUUCACCAAAGUCAAAAUACCCCGAGGCCAAUUUCAAGGUCUGCAAAGCACUUGUUGCUGCUAUGUUCGAGACAAUUAUAGAUAAUACCACUUCCGAGGAUUCCGAUGCACCAAAUCUUCGGGAAUCUCUAGAAGUACUCACCAUAUUUGCCAAGUCCAAUGCAAAUCUAUUCACAGCUGAUCAAAUCCAAUUACUACAACCAUAUGUUGCAAAUGUCGGUAGCGGUGACGAAGCUGCUAUCUAUCGUUCAGUUGUCAUCAUAUUCCGCUAUGUCCUUCCUAGUUUACCCAAGGUUCAACAUGGUUUCCUCAUUGAAAUUAGGAAGCAUCUCUUGCCAACUAUGACACGCAGUCCCAAAUCUAUUUUAGAUGACAUUGUUGCAUGCUUAUGGAUCAUUAGUAGUGUUCUUGAUGAUUAUCAUAACUUAACAAGAGUCGUAUUAUCUAGUUUGGCUGGUAUUCAGAAGAUGAAAAGCAUCGAUUUGAACGAUCCAAAACGAGCUGAUCUUGUUAAGAAACUGACAAAACUUCUCCUUAUUUGUGGCAUGUGUGGUAAGCACUGCGACCUUGAUCCUCAGCAUGAAAUUUUCAAGGAGAAGGAGUUUCCGAAAAUGAAAGGCAACUCGGUUUCGAAGCUGAUGGUUGAUACAUUUGCUCCAUUUGCAACUCCUUCUCAGCCUAUGGAAGUUCGGAAGCAUGCGCUUGAUGCAAUGGGUAUGGUUUGUCAAUCUUGGCCGAAGAACUUUUCCGCCGCCAACGUUUACACUACGUUCAUUCAAGUAUUUAGUGAUCAGGAUUUGGAAUUAGAGACGAUCGUGAUGAGAGCCUUCAAAGAGUAUCUUUCGAUUGAGGAAAAGCGAUCAGAAGAAAGUGGCGAUGGUGCGGUCGGCACUGGUACAGAUUCAAAGGCAAAAUUGGGUGUCAUGGGCGGCAGUCAAGGUGACGGUGUUGCAUUGGACAUCGCACAGAGAUUCUUGAAAGAUAUUGCUCGCAUCGCGCUUGGUAGCCAGGAUAAGGAAGCACUUCUUGCUGCAGAGGUCGUGGCAAGCAUAAAUAGACAAGGUCUUGUUCAUCCCAAGGAAACCGCCUGCACUCUUAUUGCUUUGGAAACUUCACCCACCAGCAAAAUUGCUGACAUUGCAUUCAGGGAGCACAGGGCUCUUCAUGAGAAGCAUGAGACGAUUCUUGAGAAGGAAUAUAUGCGAGCUGUUUUGGCUGCGUACGCAUACCAGAGAGAUGUAGUCAAGGACACUCAUGGUGCUACACUUAAUCCCUUCACCUCGAAACUGUGGAUGAUGAUUGAAAUCAUGAAGAUUAGCAAGGUCAAGAACCGAAAGAAAUUGUUCGAUAGCCUAUGCUCGCGAAUUAAUUUUGACCCGGCUAAACUCGACGCCAUUGAAGAUCUACCACAUUAUUUGGAUUUCGCGCAAUUCAUCAUCGAGAAUCUCGCUUUCUUCGAAUAUCAAACCGUGGAUGAGUUACUGUCAACUAUCGAUUUGAUGGAGAAACUGGUCGCGGGUACAGGUACGGGUAUUGCUCAUGCGAUUGAAACAGAGGUUCUUCACAUUAGCCUCGACCAACCAGCAAAUGAAACCGAUGCAAAUGGUCAUAUUCAUCCAGACGUACCAAAGCGAGAUUCAAUGCGCCUACAACAGCUCACUGCAAUAUCAAUCAUGCUUACGAAUUUGUGGGAGGCUCGUACAUAUCUUCGUCGUCAGUUUGGAUUGAUGAAUAGAGAUGGAAAAGUUAAAGGUGCAACCAAAGAUCUCAGUCGGGCUCCAAUAAGGGUAACAAGCGUCUCUGGAGAUAAAUUCUGGAGUGAAGUUUGCGGUAGAAUGACUAGUUGCGAGUCUGAGGAAAAAAUGGAAGCGCAAUGUCGAGCCUUUGUGGAACUACUCAAUGUAGAUCACGACUUCAAGGUCUCAGCAGAAAAUGAUGAGAUUGAUGAGAGAGGCAGAAUGAGCACGCCAAGCGAUGAUGAAGAUGGCACCCCUGGUCCGCCGGGUGGCAGCGGAAGAGGCCGUAAGAGGAAGGCUGGCAGCAACGGAGUUUUAGGGGGGCGAAAGAAGCGAGCUAGGUCCAGUUCAAUCUCAAGAGGACGAGGUAAACCAAAAGGAGCGAGUUUCAGUUCCGGAAAGGGAGCUUCUGUUGAGCGUAACGAUGAAGGCGAGUGGGAUAAUUAG